UUUUAAGGAAAAAUUCCCACUAAAUGAAUUUCAUUUGGGAUCCCUAUUCCCAUCAUAUGAAAUGCAUUUUGGGAAAUGCCAGUAUCUUAUUAGAGAUUUUAAUAUUCUUAAAGACCUUCAGAAUGCUUGGGGUUUUUUGCAACUCUAUCCUUCUUUGAAAUAUGAAACAGGCAUGAAAUGGGAUCCAGAAAAAAUUCAAUUUGGGUUACAGUCAUUGGGAUUGAGUGACUAUUCAAUUAGUAGAUUAUGUAAAAUUAUGCAAAGCUCUGUCUUAAUGUUAACUCCUGAUAUUCCUUGGAUAAUCAAGAAUUGAGUCUGAAAAACCUGCCUCAGAUGCAUACUAAUAAGCAUCCAAUAUUUGCCCCCAUGUGAUCUGGGGCAAGCCCCUUUAGCCUUAGACAAUUCUUUAAGGUUAAAGGGCAAGUCUCCCUGCUUAUUAAAUCGUAUGUUGGGAACUGAUUUUUCCAUUGCCUCAAACCACCUCCCCCAGCUCACCAGACCUGAAGUCAAUGGAAUGGUUCUUUGCAUAAACCAGUUUGGUUUGUGAAUUGGAGAAUGUAUAUAUUAUCAAGAGAUCAUUUCUCAGAAGCAGCAAAGAAUUGUAGUUUAAGACUUUACUCCGCAUCUUUGAUGCUUCUGUUUCCUUUGCUGCAAUUCUUGAUAUGUGGGAAGUGCUUCCACAGCCAUGGAUCAAAAGCAAAAAAAUAAUAUGAUGUUGCUUUUUUUCUUCUCCCAUGUGCUACACCUUCAUUGUGAAUGAAUUGUCCUGACACAGUCAUCUUGUGCAUCCUCCCAGAAUCCGUACACCCUACUGAGCCCUACAGCACUUAACCUGGAAGGGACACAUGCAUGUUGGUACUUUCUUCAAAGAAACUCUUUGAAGUGCAAACAUUUCCUUUCCUGAAAAGAAGGGAAAUUGAAAAUAAAACUUCUUGUUCCGUAGAGACAAUGUGCUCUUGGAUCAAAGAAGCUUAUAAAUGAGACUCAGGAUUUUGACCUUGAGAUAGGUGUAACUGACCCAAUAUCCACGGAUCUUAAGGAACACAUUGGGAUCUCUGAGUCUGAUUUGAUCAGUGCCAUGGGGUGCAAAGUAUUCCUCAAUUUUGGACAACAGCUCUUACGGCGGAAAGUUGUGGACUGCAGCCGAGAGCAGAGCCGCCUGUCUCGCUGCUUGAACACGUUUGAUUUGGUGGCUCUCGGCGUGGGCAGCACGCUCGGAGCAGGGGUCUAUGUGUUGGCUGGCGCGGUGGCCCGCAAGAAUGCCGGCCCUUCCAUUGUUAUCUCCUUCCUCAUUGCUGCCUUGGCCUCCGUCUUAGCAGGACUGUGUUACGGGGAGUUUGGUGCUAGGGUUCCAAAGACUGGCUCCGCUUACCUCUACAGCUACGUCACUGUGGGUGAGCUCUGGGCCUUCAUCACCGGCUGGAACUUAAUUCUCUCCUACAUCAUCGGUACCUCAAGUGUAGCAAGAGCAUGGAGUGCAACAUUUGAUGAACUGAUAGGCAAACCUAUUGGGGAUUUUUCCCGAACACAUAUGUCUUUGGAUACUCCUGGAUUAGCUGAAUACCCAGACAUAUUUUCUGUGAUUAUCAUUCUGAUUUUAACAGCGCUUUUAACUUUUGGCGUGAAAGAAUCAGCCAUGGUUAACAAAGUUUUCACUUGUAUCAAUGUUCUCGUCCUGGGCUUUGUAAUGGUGUCAGGCUUUGUGAAGGGAUCCAUGAAAAACUGGCAGCUUACCAAAGAAGAUAUAAUGAAUGCUACUGACAAUAUCUGUUUGAACAAUGAAACAUUAAGUGACAGUUCUAUUGGUACCGGCGGUUUUAUGCCCUUUGGAUUUGGUGGUGUCCUAUCUGGUGCAGCCACCUGCUUUUAUGCUUUUGUAGGAUUUGACUGCAUUGCAACCACAGGUGAAGAAGUAAAGAAUCCCCAGAAAGCUAUCCCUGUGGGAAUUGUUGCAUCCCUCUUGAUCUGCUUUGUGGCCUACUUUGGGGUAUCAGCUGCUCUCACACUCAUGAUGCCUUACUUCUGCCUGGAUGUGAAUAGCCCAUUGCCUGAUGCAUUUAAGCAUGUGGGCUGGGAAGGGGCAAAGUAUGCUGUAGCUGUUGGUUCCCUCUGUGCUCUUUCUACCAGUCUUUUAGGUUCUAUGUUUCCCAUGCCUCGAGUCAUUUAUGCAAUGGCUGAAGAUGGACUACUGUUUAAAUUUUUAGCCAAAGUCAGCGAAAGGACCAAAACUCCAAUUAUAGCAACAUUAACUUCUGGUGCCAUUGCUGCUGUGAUGGCCUUUCUUUUUGACCUGAAAGACUUGGUUGACCUGAUGUCUAUUGGAACUCUGCUAGCGUAUUCUUUGGUGGCAGCCUGUGUGCUGGUCUUACGGUACCAACCAGAGCAGCCUAACUUAGUGUAUCAGAUGGCCAGAACCACAGAAGAGCUAGACCUUGUGGAUCAGAACGAAGCAGUGAGCACCAGUGAUUCCCAAACGGGAUUUUUGCCAGAAAUGGAAAAAUGUUCUCUCAAAGCCAUAUUAUACCCAAAGAACUCAGAGCCUUCUAAACUCUCUGGGUUUAUUGUGAAUGUCUCAACCAGUCUUAUAGGGAUCCACAUUAUCAUCUUCUGCAUCAUUACUGUUCUUGCUAAAAAGGAACUCGAGCAGGGAACUACAUGGGUGAUUGUGGUCCUGAUGGCAUCUGUUUUCCUCUGUUUUAUCACCACCAUUCUCAUUUGGAGGCAGCCGGAGAGCAAAACCAAACUUUCAUUUAAGGUGCCCUUCUUACCAUUACUUCCUAUUUUGAGUAUUUUUGUGAAUGUCUACCUUAUGAUGCAGCUGGAUGGCGGUACCUGGCUCCGGUUUGCUGUGUGGAUGUUGAUAGGCUUCCUCAUUUACUUUGGCUACGGGCUGUGGCACAGCGAAGAGGCGUCCCUGGCGGCCGGCGCGGCGAGAACCCCAGACACCGGCUCGGAGCACUGCAAAUGAUCCCCGUGGCCCCGGGCCGCGCGGGGGGCGGCGGCUUUCUCCUCCUGGCAAGCAAAAACACGUCAGCGCGCCUCGCCUCCUCCCCGCCCCGCGGACCCCUCCCCACGCGGACCAAAAGGUGCAAUCGCUUGGGAGCCGCGGCCGGCCUUGGGGGCCAGCCCCGGGGAACACGGCCGCCCUCCGGCCCGCAGACAGGUUACCGACUGUUACAGGCGGGGGCUGCCGACUCCGGCUCCUUCUCCCCGCCCCUUUGCUCACCUCAGAAGAAAGCCUUUCCCGGCCCUAGCCAGGGCGAGCUGCCUGCGCAGAUUUGCCGCCAGUCUGCCCCAUGAAUUGGCGCCUUCCUCCUCCUGUUCCGAAUCCGAGUUUGAGAAGGCCGGGCUCUGUAGUGGUAGUUGAGCCUUGGGCUGUAAGCUGGGUACUGCAUUAUAAGCAAGGUUUCCCCUCAGCGAUGCCGAAUCCCGCCGGCCCCUAAUUUAGGAGGUGGGCGAGAAAAACUCGGGCUUUUUUUCCCCACGACCCACUUUCUUCGCCCUGUUCCUUCCAGAAAGAUCUGAAGCCCGCCUGUUCAGUCCUGUUCGCCCCCCAGCCCUCCUUUCCACCCCCACUCAUGCUUCUGUCACUGUGGUUGAAGCCAUCAGUCACAGUCCCCCGCCAUGAGGCUAACGUUUAACUGGCAGAGAUUUCCUUGGGAAUGGUCAAAGUGAAAUUACUAAGGGGAAGAUCACCGUCGGGCCUGCUUCUCAUGGACUGCUCUUGGAUGGCUUUUGGUGACUCCCUGAAGCAGGGAAAUGUCAAAAGGGAGCCUUAUUUUGAUGUUCUUCGUUGGUCCUGAAUCAUAUUGCUGUCUUCUGUUGACCUCUUUGAUGGAUGUCUCUAGGUUAUUGGGACAUCAGUUUGAAUCCAAGUGCCAGCUUCAAAUUAACACCAUUUUAUUAUUUUGGGGGUGAUGAUGAUAUACCACCCAAAUUUUUCUUAAACAUUUUAAGUCCCAGGUGGCUGUAUUGAUUUUUAAGCAUAUUAAGAUUUUGGCUUAAAGAAAUUGACAGUUUCCAUUGAUAAUUUUAUCCAAUAUCAAGAUUGAAUCCAAAGAGACAUUAGUGGGGGUGACCAUGAGCAUGACCAUGCUCACACUAGAUUGGUAAUUCAGUUCUGGAAUCACAUUUUUUUUUUUAACUUGGCCCUUUGGUCUGUAAUGAGUUAUUGACUACUGUGGUACCCAAGUUGGGUAUGUCUAUAAAGAUGAACACACUCAUGAACACACCCAAUCCGGGAGAUGGCCUAAGAGAUGAAUGUUCUAUAGUAUCCUGCAUUAUUGGAGUAUGUGAGGUGGGGGCUAACUUAUACCCAAAUGAUUUGGGUUCCUAUCAGAGCUACAUUGCCUGGAGGUAUGAAUUCAGUUUGUUUCUUCUGUUCCAAUGACUUGGGCUGCAAAAGUGUUGGAUCUAAGAGUCAAACUGGCUGCUGCAAAACUGGUGUUCCUACUUAAUGUGGGGACAGAGACCUAAUUCACAUUUAGGGAAGGGAUAUCUCUCUUCUCUUCCCCCUCCCCAUCCAUGUCCUGUUUUGUGCUUCUUAUGCCAGGUAUAGGUAGCUCAAGCAGCACUUAAUCAUCUUUGAUGUAACUUGAAUGCUGAGGAUUAUUUCAGUAUAUUUACCUCAAAAGAGGUAUUUUUUUAAAAAAACUAAUAAUUUGUGUUAAUGGGUUAAUGCCAUAGCUGGGCAACAUGGAAAGUAGAAAAAAAAAAUGACUUUUUAAUGCUUCAUUUCAAACUUUUCUUUCUGAUCAAAUCUUUAUUUAAAGGUAAGAACAAGACUUAAAAUUUCAUCAGUACAGGUAAAUCUUGAAUGAGGAUAUUUUCUCUAACGAUGCAGGUCAAUAGCUCAUCUGCUCCAUAGUGAUUUGCCUACCAUGUGUCCAAGGAAGGACUUAAAUUCUUUCUUCCUGGCUCUGGGAUCAUGUUUUCCUUUUUUUUUUUUCUUCCCCAUUUCAUAAACAACCAUUUAUAAGGCUAAAUGGCCAGAAAGAUGCCACAAGGGGCCUUGGAUUAUGGCGAGGUGGCCCCCAUUCUUUUAUCUUUGGUGUAUUAGAAAUAUGGAAACCAACAAAACCCUAUAGUGAUUGUCUUGCCUGGAUUUGCCCUAUAUUUCUACAGACAUGUGACAUAAAAGGGAAAUCCUCCUCUCCUUUCCAUUCCACUGUUUAUAUUGAGAUAAAAUUUGUGACUAUUCUUGGCAAAUUCUAGAUUUCCAAGAGAAAAAAAUUUAAAUUUACAUAGCUCUGGUGCUAUAAAAUAAUCUGAUUAAUUUUUUUUUUGUUGUUGGCUAUUUAAUAUCUGCUGUCUCUUUGGAACUGGUCAAAAGGUUCAUUUUCUUAAAAUUAUGUAUUGAGAAAAUGGAAGUAGUAAGAAGAAAACGUUUGGGGUAGAAAAUUUCACUUCCAUUUCUCGUUUUGGCAGAAAUUUUACUGAGGGUCCAGCCCUUGUUGACUAUAUUUAGCACUUCUCUCGUGAAUACCCAUUGUUCUUACAUUUCAGAGAACGUUUGUCUUCUUUCUCCCCAAAUUUUUCUUGGAGAACAAGUUCUUUGAGGAUUACUCUUUCUUCCCUUCCCUGUGCCUUAAAGUUUUAGUGAGAAAUAUGCAGGGGUUGAGAGAAAAAGAAGGGACCCUCAUUAUACCAACCUUCCUUUUCCAUUCAAAAGACUUUUUGUGUAAAUAGACUGUGUUGUCACUGUACAUUUUUAAGAUGAUAUUUUGUGUAGCUUGAGCUUUUUUUUCAAUGGACAAAGGAAUGAAGAGCUGAGAAGCAUUGGCUUAGUUUGGCCAGGAUUGGGCCUUCUUUUGUCACACUUUCCCAUUGCCCCAAUAUAUAUAUAUAGUAAGGAGACCAUGAAAACAAUUAUUUAAAAUCCCUUGAAUCUCUUUCCACAGGAAUUUUAGUAUGCAUUGCUUAGUCAUUUUUUUCCUCCCUAUUUUAGAUUUUUGUUAUAGUAGAGAAACUCUGGGGAACAAUAUAUGUGCUUUUAUCUGUGUAUGUAGCCAAUAAUUACUGUCUUUUGGAAAGACCCGUUUAGAUUGGUAAGAGCUGCUUCCUUCCUUCCCCGAUUCUCACCCCCAGCCUAUCUCUCUGUGCAUGUUUUACUUUCACUGAAAACAUAAAAUAAUUAAUUUAAAAGACAACAACUAUAUUUUCUUCCCCUUCAGUGACAGAAGAACAGCGUAGAAUGAUUAUAUUUCAGAGUCCUGUGGGGCAUGUCUUGGAGAUUGUGCUUGAAGAAGGGGAAUGUUUCAUUCUUUCCUUGGCAUCCCCAGGGGCUACUUACUGUGCUGCAGAGUUGGUGUUUAACAAAAUGUCAGUUGUCUUGAACUUUCAUGAAUGAUCUUAGCAUUCUUACUAUUUGAUGAUGCUUUGAAGCAAAGCAGAGAAUAAAAGAAUCGGUCUCAUUGUUGGGCACAAGACGAUGCAUCCCAACAAAAAAGGGCCGCAGGGUCUUGGAAUCUGAUGCCAAAAUGACAGGUUAGGGUUUUAGGUAUUGCUAGAUGUGUGCAAUAGAUUCACUCUGGAAGAUGAUCUGUUAACUUGCUCCAGGGGAGAGAAGUCUUCCUCACUUGAACACUUUUUUUUUUUCCAUUGGAGCAUCAUUAUUCACAAUCUAUAAAAACACUGCCCAUCUCUUGUCACCAAAGUAAUCUCAAUUUAUUGUGGAGUCAAGGGCGUGGGGCACUGUGAGAGAUUCUUGUCUCUUUAUUUUUUUAGGGCAAGUGGGAGGAGUUGUAGUUAGUAUUUAUAGGCAACAGGAACAGUGCCCUUCAGUCUCCCUGUGCACCUAAGAAGAUAAAAUGACUUGUGUAUAGGUUGUGUAUGUUACUGAUGUAUGUAAGUGAUGUAGAAAUUUGCUACUUAAAAAAUGGAAUAUAAAUAUAUAUUAUAAAUAAAUAAAAUUGCUGCGGGAAAAGGGGCAUUUAGGUAGAAGGCACUUGAUGGGGAGCAGGAAUUGUGCAUUUUACCUGAGUUGUUGCUGGAUUUGUUUUUUUAAUUUUUAAAAAUGCUUUAUUGAUCCAAUGGUGCAAGAAACCACCUCUGUAUCUCAUCACUGCAGAUAUAAUGCCUAUUGGACUUUGAAGGCAAAAAAAGGUCAACUGAGUUGUUACUAUAAUUCAAGGAUCUUCAGGAGAGAGAUGGUUGAUUACUUAUCUGGGAAUCACAUCAGGCAAAAAAAGAAAAAGAAAAAAAAAAGGUAGAAAGCAUUUUUCAUCAAAGUUUUCCUGCCAUGCCUUUGGGUAUUUAAAAGAAGCUACCUCCUUCGUUUCCCAGGAGCUUGAAUUCUCCAUAUUUGAUUUGCUUUCUGUGGAACUGGUAGUUUUGAAACCAGCCAGUCUGGGAAACCAACAAGAUUAAAAGACCUUGCCUGUUAAGUCCAAAUCGAAUUUCCUCAGGGUAUUAGCACCUGGCUUAGCCACCAGGAAGCAGGGCAAGAGUGAGAAGCUUUCAGAAUUGAUCUGAUUUUUCUUCCUUGAUGACAUAUAGAGUUUUAAGUUGAGACUUGUUUUUUCCAGAUGAAAAAUUAAUCUGGAUUCAGAGUUAAAAAGUUUCCUGCCUAAGUUGUGCCUUUUAGCUUGAAGAUUUUAAGGAGCACAAAGGAUGACGACAGUGUGAUUGGUUUAUUAUCAAACCUAUAGUAAACAUAUAUGGUCUCUUCAGUAAAUUUUCAUUUUUACUGAGAGGAGCUAUGAAAAGAGUUGUCGAAUUUUAAUUAUAUAUAUUGUAUAUUUUUUUUGCUUGUUCAAUGUACUAUUUUUCUAAUAACUUCUUAUAAUUGUGAUGAGAUUUUAAUUCUAAUACUAAAUGUAAAUCAAGUUGAUUUCAGCUGCUCUUUAGUUUGUCUAGUCUUUUUUUAAAAAGCUAAGUAUAGCCGUCACCUUUUUUUUAAAAAAUGAAAAUUGGCCCCUCUGAGUAGAGACCUUUCACAGUGACAACACUGUAGAUUUAAUCCUCUUCUUACCUAUUAUCCUCCCUUGUAAAAUCCAAUUCUUGUGGCACAGCAUAAAUGUGGUUUCCCAAUGCUAAUAAAUGAUGGUUGUUGUUUCA